AUGCACCGCCGUAUCCUUGUCGCUUGUCUUCCCAGGGUUCUCCCUCCCCUCCCUCCCUCGCCUGCUCAUCCUUGUCUUCCCUGUGUCGAGGGGCGGCAGCGCGCCGCUCCUCACUCCUCGUUUCCCCCGACGACUGCUCCCCUGCAAACCCUACAUCUAGACGUGUGGGGCCCAGCCCGCCUCCGUGAGCGGUUCGGGACGGACUUUCCCGUCCUGCGUCUGCACUCCGACAGAGGUGGUGAGUUUGCCUCUGACUUCCUGAUGGACUUUUGUCGUGGGAAGGGCAUUCACCAUGCGUUCACGCUCCCGUCCUCACCACAGCAGAAUGGGAUUGCUGAGCGCCGCAUUGGAUUAGUCAUGGAGGUCGCUCGUACCUCCAUGGUCCAUGCGGCUACCCCCCAGUUUUUGUGGCCGUUUGCAGUCCGUUACGUUGGCGAUGCGUCGGUGUUUCGUGUCUGGGGUUCUCGUGCCUUUGUCCGCGAUACCACCGCGGACAAGCUCUCCACCCAGGCUAUUCCCUGCGUCUUCCUUGGCUUUGUCCGUGACGUAGACGCUGUUGAGCUUGUCGAGGUAGCGGUUGACUCUGGUGGUGCUGCUGGGGGUGCUGAUCCUGAGUGUGUGGAGCCUGGGGGUGAUGAGCCUGAGCAUGUGGAGCCUGGGGGUGCUGAGCUUGAGUGUGUGGAGCCUUGGGGUGCUGAGCCUGAGCGUGUGGAGUCUGGGGGUGCCGAGCCUGGGGUUGCUAAGUCUGAGGGUGUGGAGCCUGGGGGUGCUGAGUCUGAGGGUGCUAAGCUUGCGAUCGCUGAGACUGGGGGUGCUGAGUCUGCUAGAGUUCCUGCGGGGGCCUCGUCUCGGCAGGAGGCUCGCUCCCUACAGCAGCUGCGCGAGUGGUUUGCUUGCUACUGGAGACGCCAGCGAGGUGCUGCUGGAGCUGCUGGAGGUACUGCUGGAGGAGUUGGAGCUACUGGAGCUGCUAGCGGAGCUGGAGCUGCUGGAGCUAGAGGUGCUGCCAGAGCUGGAGCUGCUGGAGGUACUGCUGGCGCUGGAGCUGCUGGAGGAGCUGGAGAUGCUGGUCCCAGAGGUGCUCGUACUGGAGCUACUGGAGCUGCUGGGGCUGGUGGUGCUGCCGGGGUUGCUGCUGGAGGUGCUUCGGGAGCUGGAGCUGCUGGAGGUGCUGGAGCUGGUGGUGCUGUGGGAGUAGGAGCUAGAGACCCUGGCGGUGGGGGUACUUGUGCUGUCUCUGCUGCUUCUGGAGGCGCUGUGAGGCCGCGGCCGUACUUUGUUCUGCUUCUUCAGCAGGUUCUUGACCUCCUGCCUUCUACAGGCACGCACGAGAUGACACUUCGUCCUUCCACUGCUCCACUACGCGUCCCCUUGCCGUCUAUUCCUGCGUCCUCUCUUGCUGACGGUCCGGACCCGGAGUCUGACUCCCUUCGUGCUGCUAGUCCUACUGUCACGCGUCUACUGGCCACUGUUGUCACUGACCCAUCGUUUGAGUCCACUGCUGCGUCUCCCCUAGUUGCUGAGCUUGUUGACUUUGCUACCGCCUUACGUCUAGACUACGCCGCUAGUCUUCUUGCUGAGUCUGAGUCUGUCUGUCCUCCGUCCGUCGGGGGUGAGUGUGCUCUUGACACGGACGUCGUUGAGGACAGGCAGGAGGACUUUGAGUGCUUUGCCGCUGCUUUACCUCAUCUCGUGUCCAUGCUGAUUGCCCCUGAGGGAGACCCGUAUGCACCAGACAUCCCGACCCCGCGCUCUUACGCAAAGGCGAUUGAGGGUCCCUACUCCUCUCAGGUGAAGCGGUCGCGAGGUUCUCCGCCUGUCUUCAAGGCGCGUUUCGCUGCACGAGGCUUCAGUCAGCGAGAGGGAUUUGACUUCUUCCAGGCCUUCUCCCCCACCCCGAAGAUGACCACUAUUUGGGUUCUGCUGCGCAUAGCUGCUCGGCGUGACUACGAGCUGCACUCUCUUGACUUCAGCACUGCUUUCCUGCAGGGCAGCCUUAACGAGGAGAUCCGGCUGCGCCGCCCACUUGGCUUCAUUGGGUCGUUUCCUGCUGGUACCCAGUGGAGCCUCCGGCGGCCAAUCUACAGUCUCCGCCAAGCGCUACGUAAGUGGCACGACACACUGAGGACGACGCUUGCAGCUCUUGGCUUUGAUCCUUCCACUGCUGACCUGUCGCUGUUUCUACGCACCGACGCCUCUCUGCCGCCGUUCUACGUCCUCGUGUACGUUGAUGACUCAGUCUUUGCCACUGUUGACACUGAGGGACUCGUCCACGUGAAGUCCGAGCUGCAGAAGAGACACACAUGCACAAGCCUGGGUGAGCUGCGCAGCUAUCUUGGCUUGCAGAUCACCCGGGACAGAGCAGAGUGCACCAUUACUUUGACUCAGUCACACAUGGUGCAGCAAGUCCUUCAGCGCUUCGGCUUCACGUACUCCUUGCCUCAGCCCACUCCUCUGCCUACUUGCCACUCGCUCUCAGCUCUGCCUUCGAAUGAGUCCGUAGAGCUGAGUGGCCCGUAUCCAGAGCUUGUGGGCUGUCUCAUUUACCUGAUGACCUGCAAUCGACCUGACCUGACAUACCCUCUUAGCAUCUUGGCACGCUAUGUUGCUCCUGGGAGACACACGAAGGAGCACAUGGAUGCCGCUAAGAGGGUGUUGCACUACUUGCGCAGUACGUCGGGUAUGGGGCUCGUGCUUGGAGGACGGGCUCGAGUUGUGCUCACUAGUCACGCAGACGCUUCGUGGGCUGACGACUUGGCUACGCAGCGGUCGUCACAGGGUUACACUUUCAGCCUUGGCUCCAGCUCUAUUUCUUGGCGGUCUACCCGCUCGUCUUCUGUUCUCAGCUCCAGUUGUGAGGCUGAGAUCUACGCAGGGGCCAUGGCUACACAGGAGUUACGCUGGCUCACAUACCUGCUGACUAACCUGGGAGAGCCGCCUCGUUCUCCUCCAGUGCUGUACGUCGACAACAAGGCCAUGAUUGCCUUGUGUGAGGAGCAGAGACUGGAGCACAGGACGAAGCACAUCGCUCUGCGCCACUUCCUUGCUCGAGAGCUGAAGCAGUGUGGCCAGCUUCCUCUUGCUUACGUGGCCACUUGGGCCAAUACUGCUGAUGUCUUCACCAAGGCACUUCAGCCUUGUGAUCAUCAGCUUUUCUGUACUGUUCUAGGCCUUGUGCCCACUGGGCCUCACUUGCUCACUUCUUGA